AUGAAGUCCCUUCAGCAAUUGACACGCCGAACGGCCUUUUCAGGCCUGGCAAUGCCUCGGAUCCUGCCCUCGCAGACUGCAUCCAACCGGCUAUGGAGGAAUUUCAGUGCUACCGCAUCCGCCGCACAAUUGGCCGCCUUGGAUGCCUCCAAGCUGAGCUUGACCAAGACACAGACUCCCAAGCAGCUCACUCCUAAUGAGGAUCUCAUUUUUGGCAAGACCUUCACCGACCACAUGAUCUCGAUUGAGUGGACGGCUACCGAUGGCUGGCACACCCCCCGCAUUGUUCCUUACCAGAACCUCAGCUUGGAUCCCUCCACCUGUGUGUUCCACUACGCCUUUGAGUGUUUCGAGGGAAUGAAGGCAUACAAGGAUAAGACUGGGGGUACCCGCUUGUUCCGCCCGAACAAGAACAUGGAGCGUCUGAACAAGUCCUCCGCGCGUAUUGCCCUUCCGACAUUUGACGGCGAUGAGCUGAUCAAGCUCAUUGGAGAGUUUGUCAAGCUGGAAGAUCGAUUUAUUCCUGAUGCCCGUGGUUACUCUUUGUACCUCCGACCCACCAUGAUCGGCACCCAAAAGACCCUGGGCGUUGGUCCUCCCGGAUCGGCCCUCCUUUUCGUUAUUGCUAGCCCCGUCGGACCAUACUACCCGACCGGUUUUAAGGCCAUCUCGCUGGAGGCCACCGAUUACGCUGUCCGCGCAUGGCCCGGCGGUGUCGGUGACAAGAAGCUCGGUGCCAACUACGCUCCUUGUAUUCUGCCCCAGCUCGAGGCAGCUUCCCGCGGUUUCCAACAGAAUCUGUGGCUCUUCGGUGAAGAGGAAUACGUGACCGAGGUCGGCACAAUGAACCUCUUCAUCGCUUUGAAGAACAAGGAGACCGGCCAGAAGGAGCUGAUUACUGCGCCUCUCGAUGGCACUAUCCUUGAGGGUGUGACAAGAGAUUCCGUCCUCGCACUCGCUCGCGAGAGACUGGAGCCCAAUGGCUGGACCAUUUCGGAGCGCAAGAUCCGCAUGUCUGAUGUCGCGGAGGCUGCCGAGGAAGGCCGUAUGAUUGAGGUCUUCGGUGCUGGCACUGCAGCCAUUGUGAGCCCCGUGCGGAGCAUUAGCUACCGUGGCAAGCUGGUGGAUUGUGGCUUGAAGAAGGAUGAGGAGGCCGGUGAGAUUGCUCUCCAGAUGAAGAACUGGAUUGAGUCCAUUCAGCAUGGAGACGAACCGCACGAGUGGAGUUACGUUGUUUAA